ACUCCUUAAAUGCCCCAACGGUCUGCCGAAUUUCUGAAAACGCAACGGCUCCGGCUGUCCGGCGGCCAUCGUUUCCUCCGGCGCUGCCUGCUGUGUUGCCUUCAACCUCACGCCGCCAUCUGCUGCGCGCACUGUGCUCAUCCGCCCGCUUGUUUCCAGCUUGGUUGUGCACUGGCCAUCGGCGACGGCGAGGACCUUCUGCUGGUCGCAGAAGACGAUGGCCAGCAGGAACUGCGACGGUCACGGGGAUACUUCUUCGCAGCAGCAUCUCGGUUGUCGCCAGUGCACGGACGGCGAAGCAAACCAACAACGGCUGUACGAUGCAGGCGUUCAGCAGACACCUGCUGUACAAGGGAACUCGAAGAGGAAGAAGCGCCUGAGGUUUCAGAGCAAGGCGGCCGAAGCUGGAGCUUCCCCGAGCCAGAGGACGCGCCGAGCAGUCCUCCGCUCGUGCAGGGAGAUGUUAGUCAGAGAAUGGUGCAAACUGGGCAGCGCGAUCAGGCGAGCAGCAGCGGUGUGUCUCGCGCCAUCGACCGGAGCUGAUGAGGAUGAGCUUGACCUCCCGUACGUGCAGCUCGACAAGGUGACUUGCCGUGGGGUCAGAAGAGAGGCAUUUGGCCCGCUUUACCUGGUCACAUGAUGAUGUGCACUGUUGGUGAUUCAGACUGAGGGCUGCGGAUAGGCGAUGAUGGCCUUUUUCUAGUACUAAGUUGUUGUCAGGUAGCUUAAUGCAUUUGAGGAUACAGCCCAAAUGACGGCAACCCUUCCAACAUUCAGCGAGAGUUUUUACAUGUUGAAUGUUCUUGUCCACGGACUUGUAAUGCAUGUGUGCUUGAUUGUUGUGGCUUCUGCUGCUUUCCCUCAGUUUGUACUUGAUCGGCUGGUUCGUGAUUCCACACCAAGCAACAAAGCAGCUUGUUUUCAAAUUC